GAAUCAGGUAGGUGUGAUUUUUGUGGAAAAGAAGAAAUGUAAUCAUAGGACAAAUAUAGGACAGAAGGAAGAAUGUUGAUAUAAGUGCAGUAGAUAGAGGAGGUACUUAAUGUACGAAAAAUUCUGAAAAAAUAUACAGGGAUAGAAGCAGGACAUUUUUCAUACAGUACUUGAAAGCGAUGGAGUUGAUUCAUAGAAUUAGAGUUUUUUUAAGAACCCCAAGUCGCGGUAAUGCACCCUUAGGUGUUUUCCGAAUGCAGUGAAAACCAAACUGAAUGAGAUGAAAAUUUUGGCUUUUAUACUGACUUUAUUUUCGUCUCGGCGUUGUCACGGAAGUCAUCCUCCUUUUGUUCCACGUUGCUACGAGUACGCAUGCGUUCGUACAAGUAGAAGUAACUGAUUGUCGGUGUUUGCUUUUGCCAGAACGAAAACCUUGCAAGGCUGGUUGUUCUACAACAGUUCCAAAAUUUAGGUCUUUGAUGGAAACGCUGAGCAUUGCAGAGAAGGAGGUGGGAGAUCCCGCUCUCCUUGUCUCCUCCCUGCACCUGCUGGUUCCUCCACUUCAACUCCUCUCUGCCGCCAUGUGGCAAGUGCUGCAGCAGCAGGUCGUGUUGCAUUAUGGGAAACUGGAGGAGUUUGUGUCUCUGGUGAUGGAGACGUUCCCAGAGCUGCUGAGUGAGAGCCAGAGGACCGAGCUCACUCUGGGGCUGCAGGACAUGUCCCCAGCAGAGACUGGCUGUAAAACUGACCCAGCUCUAGAGGUUCUGUUGUGGGAGUUCCUUUCCAGACUGGAUCAGCUGCUGCCGGUACCAGACCUCAAACAGACAGUGUUCUGGCUCAGUGCUGCCCCCUCUGUCCUGGAGGUCUGUGUGCAGUCUGUUUCUUACCCAGACCAGCUGAAGACCCUUCUCAGGCACCAUAGAAGUCUUGGAAAGUUGGACGUGAAUGGGACACAUCCCUCCAUGGAGGACUACAAGCUGUCCUCUAUGUCCUGCCCUCCCUCUCAAAGUGUGGUGGAUUCUACCAAGCUGACGAACAGCAACAGCCAAUCGGAAUCCAUAACUGACUGCAUGAACUGUUUAAGCCCCGCCUCUUCAGGUGAAGACAUAAAUGCAGAAUCUUUGAUAGACAGCUCAGAUUACACAGGAGUAGAGCCAAAGCCAAGUUUGAACAGAUGUGAAGACACAGAGGAGAAGACAGAGAGGAUGAGUGGAUAUCUGUUGAGCAGAGAGCAAGAAUACAAACUAACCAACAUGAAGGAGGAAGAGGAAGAUGGGGAGAGGCAGAGUGUGAAAAUGGAGUUGGAGGAUGAUGUGAAAGAUGAAGAGAGAGACUGGAAGGAGGAAGGAAAAGAGAGGGAUGAUCAGAGGGAGGGAUGUGCAGCUAUCAAUCAAACUAUCCAAACUGACAAACUGGUGAAGAACGAAGUAAAAUCAAAACACGUUCAACAGGAAGAGGAGGAGGUGUCUUCCUUGGUGACUUUCUGUCUGUUGCAACAGCACAGAGAGUGGAUUCCCCAACUAGAAUUUACUAAUGGCUCAGUUCCUGUGCCAUCACCUUUGUCAUCUCAGUUGGAGAGACCCUUGAAACUGCUGCCAUCUUCAUCAGAGAAUGGGAUCUGUGCUGAGGCCUCCCUUAUUUUUCCUGUCAUCUCCCCCAGGAACCAAAACGCAGGACAAGCUGCUGAGGUGUCGUCUCAGGUCUUUGCCUGCUCCCAGUGCCCAUUCGUUCACACAGAGGAAAUGAAUCUUCAGCAGCACAUUGAGAAGGUUCACCCAACAGAGCUCAAAAUGACUCUGAGGUCCCAUCAUCUUCCCAGAAGCACACAACAGCUCCCCAACUCCGCUAAGACACUCCCCACCCUGACACAGUCCCACACAGGCACUCCAGGGGCCCACCCAUGCUCCCAGUGCGGGAAGACCUUCAAAUCAAAAUUUCUGUUGACCACACACAAAGGAAUGCAUAAAAGAGAGCGUCCGCAUCAGUGCUCCCAGUGUGAGAACAGUUUCAGUAGUUCACAUUAUUUAAAGAUACACCAGCGAACCCAUACAGGGGAGCGCCCAUACCCCUGCUCCCAUUGUGGGAAGAGUUUUGCUCAAUCAGAUAAACUGAAGGUACACGAGCGAAUUCAUACUGGCGAGCGCCCAUACCGCUGCUCUCAGUGUGGGAAGAGCUUCAUUCAGGCUGAUAAGCUUAACCUACACCAGCGCACUCAUACAGGGGAGCGGCCUUACCACUGCUCCCUGUGUGGGAAGAGUUUCACUCAGUCUAGUACUUUGAAGCAACAUCAGCGAACUCAUACAGGGGAACGGCCUUACCGCUGCUCUUUGUGUGGAGGCAGUUUCACUCAGUCGAGUGCUUUGAAGCUGCAUCAGCGAACUCAUACAGGUGAGCGCCCGUACCACUGCCUGCAAUGUGGGAAGAGUUUCAGCAGCUCAAGUAAACUGAAGCUACACCUGCAAACUCAUACAGGUGAGCGCCCGUACCACUGCUCCCACUGUGGGAAGAGUUUCACUCGUUCGGAUUACCUGGUCAUACACCAGCGUACCCACGUACCAUAGGGCCUGUUUCCCUGCUCCCAGUACAGGGAGAACUUCAAUAAUUCUGUCAUUACCAGGGACAUUCCAGUAUUGUAGUAAGUGUUGAGGUUAAAACGGGUUCCUAUCAAGGACUUGCAAAUUGCCUAGGAUUUAAAAAGUAUUUUCAAUAUUUGGAUGUAAAAAGAAAGCUGAGAAUGAAGUUGAAGUUGAAAACUGGGAGUAUAUGUUCAAACCACAUGUUAUUUUUAUUUCGGAUAAACUUCCCUCCUUAAACUUACACUCUGGUGGUUACCAGAACUAUUGCUGUUUUUUUUGGCGUAUAAUCAAAAUCACCAUUACAAUUACAUGUGCAUAUAUCGGCCCUACAUUACGUUCAUAAACCUGUGACGGUUUAUAAUAUUAUUUCCUUACAUGUACGC